AUGGCGAAGCACAAAUCGCCGACCCCGCAGGAGCUGUACAAAGCGCGGAAGGAGCGCGAAGAGCAGGAACGGACGGCGCUUCUGCCCCCCGGACUGAUAAAUCAUGGGAACACCUGCUUCAUGAAUUCAGUCCUCCAAGGACUGAUCGCCACCCGCCUACUCUCCGACCUCGCGCAGUUUACCCCAAUUUCCCCAGCGGUGCAGCGGCAUUCGCGGAUACGGCUGCUAUCACAGCGAUCUCCUGAACUCACGAACGCGCACAGUCAGGCGGGCGAGUACGAGCGCGAAUGGGUCGACAUGAUGCCGAUCGGCGACGUGUUCAUCGACACGAUGUACAAGGCCUGGGAUAACCAGAAGAACCUCAAGAGGGAGAACAUGAGUCCAAAAUCGCUCCUUCACGCGGUGGGCAAGAAGUACGACCAGUAUCUCGACUUCGCACAGCAGGAUGCCCAUGAGUUCCUCCGUAUCCUCCUGGACGCGAUGCGCAUGGAGGAGUUUGACGUCAUCAAAGCGCGCCAACCACCGCCGGCCAACGCCCACAAGAAGCGCAAGCGACGACGAACCGAGCUAGGCGUCACACCAACUACCCCGCAAGAGGAAGACGACACCAAGCUAGUGUCCUUCACCGACAUGAUCUUCGCCGGCCGUCUCACGAGCGUGCUGGUCUGCCAGAAGUGCAAGCACGUCUCGCAGACGUACGAGGACUUCAACGAUCUCAGCCUCAGCAUCAAGCCCGAUGACGCGGGCAAGGGCCGCAAGCGCAGCAGGUUCAAGAGCUUUGCGAAACGGCUGACCGCGGGGACCUCGAACUGGAAUGUCGCGUCGCGCUCGGCAUCGACGCCCCCGGCCCCUCGAGAGCGGGCGGCGACGAUUGACGGGCCGGAGGAUGGAGAUCCGCCACCGACGAGCCAGGAUGACCGGCGGCGAAGCUUGGAUCUCGUUACCGACCCCGGGUCGUCGGAUGAGAACACGGAGGGCGACGCCAAGAAAGAUACUGCCAAGGUCGACGACAAGGAGAAACCCACAUCGGAGAAGGACAAGCACGUCUCAGAGAAGGAGAAACACACUUCGGAGAAGGACAAGCAUACUUCAGAGAAGGACAAACAUUCUGCUACUUCUGCAACUUCUGUUGAAGGGGAGGAGAAGCGAGCAUCCGUGGACGGUGACCACCACGUCGAGUUCUCUGGAAGCAAGGAUGGCGACAGCGACGAACGGAAGCGCAAGGACAAGAGCGCAGACGGUUGGGUGAAGCUCGGGCGCCGCAUCAGCGUCUCGAUGGGCCUCGCACGCUCAUCGAAAGAGAAGGAGCGUAGGAGCCGCUCCCGCCAGAGUCGUGAGCUCGUCAACAGCAGCUCAAUUCCUGAAGGCCAGCUCCCACCUGCGAACAACAGCAACUCCUCUUCUGACAGCCUGACGAGCGCGGGCGCUUCCGAUGCGCCGGCCCCACUAAACGUGUUCCGCGCUCGCGUUACCUCCUGGUCCUCCAGCCGCCCCGGGUCCGCCGCCGGCUCGCCACGUCGCCCUUCCUUCACUCCCGCAUCGCCAUCUGUACCAUCGACAAUGCCUCCAUCGGUGCGCCCGACGCCGAGCGUAUCUCCAAGCCGUACCGGAACCCCAUCGCUGAACCACCAUACGCGGCACAAGUCGCCGAAGCCGCCAGAACUCCCGCCCGCGGAGGCCGAGUUUCUGCGUCGUGUGCUGCCGGGGGAGCAUGGGGGACUGCUUGGGCACCACCAUCCCGGCCAGGGGACAUCGACGGCCCAGAGACCGAGCAUGUGGGCGAAGCUGGGCCACUUCCCGAACGUGGAGGAGUGUCUGAGGGCGUUCACGGCGGUGGAGGUGCUCGAUGGGGAGAACAUGGUGGGUUGCAGGCGGUGUUGGAAGAUCGCGAACGGCGUGUACAAGCGACCGAAGACGGGGGACGAGCCGCAAGAGGGAGAAGACGCGGACGACACGGACAGCGCGGAGGGGGCGAGCCCUACGGCGCCGGACGAUGCGAUGCGAGAUCUCGCAGAGACGCUGCGCUCGCAAUCGUCCCCGGUGUUCACGCCGUUGGAUGAGGACGGCUCGAUGACGUCGAUCUCAAGUCGUGCGGCGGCCUCUGCGCCGGACUCGGCUGUCGACCUAACCGAGAUCGAGGAGCAGCCGCUCUCGCACGACAAGCCGCUGCCAUCCGUCCCAACGAUAUCCAUGACCGCAGCCGAGGGCGAUAACGGCGAGAAGCGUGUGGCGGCCGCUGGCACAUACCCCGGCAGUCCACCACCCGAGUCGCGCGACUCGCUGACCAUCCCGCGCCGCCAACAGCGACCGCGGUCGGACGCGGACGGCGCGUCGGGUGAUGAGAGUGAUGGGUCUGCGCAGUCUUCCACGUACUCUGGCGACACAGACGACUCGAUCCAACCGCAUCCAUCUAACGCAGUCGCCAAGAAGAAGAAGCCGAAACCAACGGUCCUGCGACCAGCAUACAAGCGCUAUCUCAUCGCAGCGCCGCCACCGGUGCUGGUCAUCCACCUCAAGCGGUUCCAGCAGAUCAGCAAGACGAGCUUCGUAAGCUUUUCGAGCGGGUUCAAAAAGCUAGAGGACUACGUCGCGUUCCCGGAGUGGCUAGACUUGAAGCCGUACCUGGCGCCGACGAAGGAGGAGUGCGCGAUGGGGAAGAAGGCGAGUGCGGAGCAUGCGAGGAAAAGCGAACCGUGUAUGUACCGCUUGUACGCGGUUGUUGUGCAUAUUGGGAGCAUGCUCGGCGGUCACUACAUCGCGUACACUGCGCUUCCUCCGCGCGAGGACGAGCCGAUGCAGGAGACCGAAGACGGCAAGAAGGUCCCGCCGAAGCGCCAGUGGGCCUACAUCAGCGACACGUUCGUGCGGCUUACCACGAUCGAGGAGGUGCUCAAGGCGAAGGCGUACAUCUGCAUGUACGAGCGGGUAUAG